CAAAGAAGGCAAGUGUAUCCGCUAAACAUUGUGCUGUGUGUUCGUGCAGAUCAUUUACUGUGGGAUCUAAACACUGCAUUUAUCUCAGAGAUCAGACCGACUCAAAACCGUCCCGAAAAACAGCCAAAUAAUUUCUGGGUGAAAGAGGACUGUCAUCGAAUCGUCGGAUGAAGCGGAACACAUCAAUGCAUUUAUCCAUCAGCUCCACCACAGGAACCCGCUUCGAGCUCCGUGUCCCGCGGGAGGAGACGGUGGACGGUCUGAAGAGGAAACUUUCACAGAAACUCCGCGUUAAUAAAGACAGACUGCUGCUGCUGCACAGAGACACGAGGUUGAGUUCUGGAAAACUGCAGGAUUUUGGCAUCAGUGACUGGAGCAAACUGACACUGGUACCCUCUGUUGAAGCUGGACUGAUGUCGCAGUCAUGGCGUCCAGAGCAGUCGAUCCUGCAGGCGCUGGAAAGUCUCACAGAUGUGCAGGUCAGUGAUUUCCUGUCGGGGCGGUGCCCUCUGACCCUUGCCCUGCAAGUGGGGGAUCACAUGAUGUUUGUUCAGCUGCAGCUGUCGGCUCAGCAGUCACAGCAUCGCACACCGUCUGUCUCUAGAGGUCCAACAGGCAGCAGACAGACACCUGCAGACCCUCAACUCUCACCCUGCAGCUCAACAGACUCACCACAGAGAGACCAGGAAGUCUUUAAGGCCCACACAGCCCCUCCCACACCUCCCUGCAGCCACGCCCACAGUGACAAUAGCCCCCCCACCACCACAGGCUGCCUUCAGGAUGAAGGCAGCGAUCAGAGACUCAAACCGGGUGCCAUCAUCGAGAGUCUGGUGAAUCACGCACCAGGAGUUUUCUCAGGAACAUUCUCAGGUACUUUACACCCAAGUUGUCAGGACGGCAUUGGGCGUCCUCGACGCGACAUCACCACUAUCCUGCAGAUUUUGAACGAUCUCUUGAGUGCCACACGGCAUUACCAGAGCGCCCCACCGACCAUCACACACUUGCGUUGUCAGACUCCAUGCCCUCCGGCCUCACCCUGUUCACCUCCACCCUCACCUACCUCAGACAGACCACAGCACAUGCACCUGCGCAGACCGUCAGGUGAGCAUUUGCGGCAGACGGAAAACAAAGCCACUCGCUGUAAAGUGCAACAGCUGCAACUCUUACUGCAACAGCGACAACUGCGACGGAAAGCCAAGAGGGACAUGCGUGGGCCGUACCACUGGCCGGCCAAUCGCAAGGGCACACGUAGUCAUAGCAACACCAGUCUGUCCAGAGACGGGUCCUUGGAUCUGGACUUUCAAGAGCCGGUCUGGAAACCAGACGUCCAGGCAGACAUGAGCACAGAGUUUGUUGUGGCUUGAGUUGAGUGGAUGAACGACUAGAUGACAGACAGCUGGAAUAAACAAUAAAGACAUCGGUGGAAAUGAACCGUGUGCACAGAAAAUCAGUUGUGUGGUAACGCUGGUUGAACAGGAUCAGGAUCAGGAUCAGGUUUAGGGGCAUUAAUGACUGUGAUUUGAUCAAUUCAUCCUGUGGACUCAAUUGAGAAGCAAAAACUGUGAAACACUUGGACUAUUUUUAUUCAUGUCACUUCAGGAACUGGCUUUAAUAGGCAUUUAUAACAUAACUUGUUAUAACAUAGUCCCGUAGAAAUAUCUCAGCAUCCUUAAAACGAGAAGCAAAAUUGUAUAAGAGAGUAAUACUUGUUUUCAGAGAAUAUAACUUAUUGUUUUUUUUUUUUUUUUUUUUUUUUUUGCUUGUUUAAAGCAUACAUGUAACAGAAUUUAGUGAGAUUUAUGCUUAAGAAAAAUAAACGUAAAGGAAUAUUCCAGGAUGAAUACAAGUUAAGCUCAAUCAACAGCAUUUGUGUCAUGUUGAUUACCACAAAAAUGAAUUUCGAUUCGUCCCUCCUUUUCUUUAACCCCUUAUACUCUGGUGCAUUUUUGGGCUGCCGUCCUCAAUUUUUCACACUGUAAUUUAAAAGCUCACCAUUCACACAUACUGUUGAAUAAUUGCAAAAAAUUGAACUGCCCAAAUAAAAUUGUUCAUAAAUAAUAUUGUAUGUUUUUUUAUAAUCUUAUGAUAAAUAAAAAAUUUUUUUUUAAAUGUUUGUUGUCCUAACUUUGUAAACAACUCCCUACAAAAAGUCUCAUUUUAUUCCACUAGAUGGCAGCAGGUACUAGAAUUGUUUUAUUCUCUAUCACAUUCCAUCAUAAUAUACAGAUCUGAAAUGUAGGUGGCGCUCUAACACAUUUUAUCCCUCACAGAUGUGCUCGUCCAUAGACAUUCAGUCUAAUUUUCAGUUCAAGCACCACCCUCAUUAUUUCAUUGAAUAUCUCGGCCUCUGAGUGGACUAGAAGCUCAAUAUAGGUGUCAUUAGAAAGCUGAGAUCCUCCUCUUUGUGAUGAUAUAUAACAUUUUAUCAUCAAUAGUCAAAAACAUAUUUUUCUGAUGAUUUGUUUAGCAUGCUUUUCCUUCUGGAUGGCAUAUUUUGUUCUGGACAUCUAAGAUAUAAUAUUGGUUUAUUCACACAAGCAAUCUCACAGACAAGUAAACAAUGGCUCAUGUUUUAGAGAACUGCCUAAGGAUAAAGCAGAUAUAAAGUUAUUGGCUAUUUGGGGCUUACAGCAGCAGUUAUCGGCACGUAAAAGAAAUGUUUGUAUUUGAUGACUUACAGAAAUCAUAUUUCCCUUUGUGAUUCUUUUGAAAAUCUUUUGAACUGUGAUAUUAGGGCAUAACUAUAUUGUCACAUUCAUGAGAAUGAGAGCUUUCAUUUGAUAUAUGACUUGUCCAUUUAUGUGCUAUGUGAAGGACUUUUAUUUUUAUAUAAAUAGUUCUACCACAUUACCUCUAGGGGGCGCUAAUUUAAACCGCGAAUGUUUUGAGGCCUUAUUUUGUUAAUUUAAGUAACAUAAAUGCAGAAGUGAUGGGUAUCUAUGAAAAUAUCAGAUUCUAAGCUUUCAAACAAUACCUCAUAUGCCUGACUCAUGUAUACAGAUACUUUUUUUCACGAAAUAGUGCCCCCCAUAGAGUUUAAGGGGUUAAAAUAAAGCACAAAUGUGUGUUCCAGUGAGACACUUACAAUGGAAGUCAAUGGGGUCAAUCUGUAAACAUUAAAAUACUCACUGUUUCAAAAGUAUAGACACAAGACAUAAACAAUAUGUGUGUUAACAUGAUUUUACUGUGAUUAAAUCACUUACUAACCGCAUCUGUGGAAAGUCAGACAAUUUUAUAACUUCAUUGCCAUGACAACUGUAAAAACGACGAUUUAAACAACUUUACAACUCAAAUAAUACGCGAGUUUUAACAGAAUAAUGAAUGUAAAUGCUUUAAUAAAAUUAUAAGCUUCACAUUUCUGCCUUUAAACCUCCAAAAAUUGACCCCAUUGACUUCCAUUGUAAGUGUCUCACUGGAACACACAUUUGUACUUUUAUUAAAGAAAAGGAGCGACGAGUUGAAAUUAAUUUUUAUUGUAAUUAACAUUAUGACACUAAUGCUGUCGACUGAGAUUAACUUGUAUUGAACCCAGAAUAUUCCUUUAAAUCAAGGUAUUAAGUUCUUACUUUUACUUCUGAAGUAAAUGUUUUUUGUUUUGUUUUAUUUAGAUAUUUUUACUGGAUGAUACGAAUUAAUAAAUGACUUUUUUUCAGGAAAGUGUUUAUACACUGUUUAAAAUAUUCUCUGUAUACUUGCUUGUUGUUACAGAACGCAGUGUAGCUUUAUCACGUCAGUUUUGCACAAUACAUUUUCUCUCGUGAGCAUUCACAUACUUUUGAUACGUGGUGUGGAGAACAGUACGUCAAUAGAGAUGUGAUUAGGAAAAUGUUGUAGACAACCAAUAAACAUUAAUCGUUGUGUUAGCUGUUUCUCACGAUCAGAUGGUGAAUCUGAAAACACAAGGCAAAUUCAAGACUAUUUCAUGAAUGCAUCAUAUGUGUGCAGAACGCAAACGGGAUUUCAAAACUAUAGAAAAGAUCACCAUGUUGCUCCUUGUUUCCUCUUGAUAUUCCAUAUAAACGAAGAAGAUACGUCUGUUGAAAAAGGUCUUCAGAUUCAGUGUAGCACAAUCACACAACUGUAUUCAUUUACAACAUUAUCUGGUAACUGAAACAUUCUGCGCUUUGUUUUGAAGUGUGUGUAUGCUUUUAUAUUUCUCUUGUUUGAGAGUUUUGUACAUGUAAACUAGUGUCAAAAAAUAAGAAAAAAAAAACAUGUAACUGAAUGGUAUUUUUUCAUAAGCAAUGCAUUUUAAUGUGCGAAAUGCAUUAAACAAUUAGUUUGUGUCUAACUAGUAGUUUUACCUUCAGUUCAGUUGUUGUAACUUGGUAACAUACACGAGAAUGAUACUCAAACCGUAUCGUUUAGCAACAUUGUGCAC